CUCUUCACAGUCAGCACCAAGGAUGCGGUAUCCCAUAGCGAAUUUGUGACCGGUUUUCUCGGUUUUUCCCUGAACCAUGUCAUGGUGGUACAUGACUCCGUGUUUGUGCGCAUGUUGUUCAACCCCCUGUUUGAAUGCUUUCUCAAGGAUUGGGUUCAAUGCCGUAUUGAAUUUAAGGUUGGUCUCGACCAGAACGUGUGCUUGUCCGACUUCGCGCUUGAUUUUCGUGGUGGGCUUAGCAGGAUUGGCAGGAGCGGCAAAGGCAGUGCUAGCCGAAGUAGUCGUCGCACUUAAAGAAGGAGUAAAAGUAGUGCAAGAAUAGAAAGCAGUACAAAUGGCCGAAUGAACAUCAUGUCAUACGCGACCACGAUAUGGUUCAUGAGGAAAUACAGCAAAUCGGUGAUAAAUUCGCUGAGAAAUACACUGUCUUUCUUGUUGAUUGUGA